CCGCCCGCUCCAUCUCCGGCCCCGCCCCCCGCCGUCCAUCCCGCCAUGGCGUCCGCCGGCGGCCCGGACACGGAGCGGCCGCACCCCAAGCCCUUCCUCAUCGGCGUCAGCGGCGGCACCGCCAGCGGCAAGUCCACAGUGUGCGAGAAGAUCAUGGAGCUGCUGGGGCAGAACGAGGUGGAGCAGCGGCAGCGCAAGGUGCUGAUCCUCAGCCAGGACAGCUUCUACAAGGUGCUGACGGCCGAGCAGCAGGCCAAGGCCCUCAAGGGACAGUACAACUUCGACCACCCCGAUGCCUUUGAUAACGAAUUGAUGCAUUCAACCCUGAAAAACAUUGUUGAGGGCAAAACGGUUGAGGUACCAACGUACGACUUCGUGACCCAUUCUCGGCUGGCAGAGACGACGGUGGUGUAUCCCGCUGAUGUCGUGCUCUUUGAGGGGAUCCUGGUUUUCUACAGCCAGGACAUUCGGGACAUGUUCCACCUGCGGCUCUUUGUGGACACAGACUCUGAUGUCCGGCUGUCCCGCAGAGUUCUGCGAGAUAUGAAGCGUGGGAGGGACCUGGAGCAGAUCCUCACCCAGUACACCACGUUUGUCAAGCCUGCCUUUGAGGAGUUCUGCUUACCGACAAAGAAGUAUGCGGAUGUGAUCAUCCCCCGAGGAGUUGACAACAUGGUUGCCAUAAACCUCAUCGUGCAGCACAUUCAGGACAUCCUGAACGGGGACAUCUGCAAGUGGCAGCGGGGGGCGCUGAACGGGCACGGCCGGACGUACAAGCGGCCGUUCCCGGAGCAGGCGGAGAGCGCCGCUGUGCUGGCGGCCGGCAAGCGCUCCCACCUCGAGUCCAGCAGCCGCCCGCACUAGCCCGGCACGGCCCCAGGAUUUGCCUCUGGUCCACACCAACACUGAAGACAACUUUGGGAAAGGACUUCCACGGAAUGGUUGGUGAAGUGCCCCUUAAGUCGUGCUAGCAGUGGAGGGGAUCCUGGUGGGAAUCCUCUCGCAGAGGGGAGAGGAAGGGGUUGGCCUUCCAUCCUGCUUCCCUCCAAACCCCUCCUUGUUCUCUCUGAGAAUUCUGGAGUUGUUACUUGGUGAACUGGUUAAAGGCAGUGUUACUUGCCUUUUUUUUAAUUUUCAGAAUGAGAUCUAAUGCUGAAGAUUCCCCUGAAAAUUAAGCACUAUCAGGUGACUAGCAAGAUACCCCAUUUCCCUGAUGAUGGUCGUCUGUAGCAGGAAAAUCAUCUGCCUCUUGGGUGUUUUUCUCUCUAUCCAAGACUAGCUCACAUGCUGUUAAUUUUAACAGGCUCUUACUCUUCUUCUUCACCUUGUUGGCACCUUGAGUUGUGGCCAUGCCAGCCUGUAGAGGCACCUCUCCUUUGAGAUAGGGAUGAGACAGAGACUGACUGGGAGAAAUGGGAACUUGCAGUUCACCAGGGGACAGGCCCAAGAAGUUUAGUGGUUCUAGUGAUUCCUAAUUUAUUCCUUUCCAAGCUCCUGAAUCUUGCUACACUGGUUAUUUUUUGUACCCAGUGUGCUUUACCACAGUUACUGAAUGUGUGAGCUCCAACUGGAUUGAGUUGCUCAUGGAAACAGAACCCUGACCUUGUCAGUAUUAGUGUCUUUUAGUGCAUUUCUGUACUGCUGGUUGCAAAUUCUGCUGGGCAGAAUCCGUCCACUUCCAGAGAUGGCUGGUGAGGUUGGCAAGGGGGGAAACUGGGAAUUGCAGGACCCUCCUCCUGCUGGCACUGGCAGCUGCCUGGACAUCCUCAGACAGGGUCAGAGCACUUGCCUUGCGCUCCAGCAGCUUCAACUCAAGAAUGUCUGGCUUUCUAAAAAGAGCAGACAAGAAGUACAAACAGUGAUAUCCCAGUUUCUGUAGUUUACCCCAGAUAAGUGAUACUGCAGCAGCAUGAAGAGUCUGUUAGAAAAAAAACUGCAAUGAAUUGCUGGUUGGACCUUUGAAAAUGUCCUUGUGAUACUGUUCUUAAGUCUUGACUUAAGGUGUAAUUUUGAGAAUGAGGGGGGAGGGAAAUGUUACUUAGAUGAACUUUUUAAUAUUUGGUAAUUUUCUAAAAGCAGGGUUUGGCUGUGUUGGUUGUGGGUGUGUCACUUUGGCUAAUAAAUAAAUGAACAGCGAUCAGAAA